AUGGGUGAUUUCCGCGGCUUUACACACGGCCUCGUGAGCUCUACACGCCAGAUACUACACGAAGAGCUCCUGUUUAGUCAGGCUAGCUCAGUUCCUACGAUCCCGUGGCAGGCUAUCUAUGAUGAUCCCACCGAGACCGCGCACGGGUGGAGCUUUCUAAAAGACACCCGUACGGUAUGGCCUAUAGCCGGUAGCGAAUGGAUGGUGAAUCGGGUCCGAAACGAGAGACCACUCCAGCAUCGUUUCAUCGAGUCUAGUGCCGGCCGACUCCGAAUGUCGAAUGUGCACAGUUAUCUCUAA